UGCACGCUCAGAAUUUCGUUUUAGCGUGGAUAAAGGUGCGGGGACCAUGAGAGCUAUUAUAAUAUUCGCCGGGCUAAUUACAUUGGUAUACGCUUCUUACGAAGAGGAUCAUGGCAGCUCGACAUACCACGAAAUCUCCAAGCCCGUGGAAAUUCCUGUUUACAAAAAAUACGCCAUACCCAUUCCACAUCCAGUUCCAGUCCCCAUUCCUCAGCAAAUUAAGGUACCCAUUCCACAACCGUAUCAAGUCGAGGUACCGGUACCGCAUCCAGUGCCGAUAGAAGUCGUGAAACACGUCGAAAUUCCAGUGGAGAAGCCUGAGCCUUAUGUGGUGGAGAAGAAGGUGCCGUACGUUGUCGAGAAGCCGUAUCCGGUGACGGUGGAAAAGCACUUUCCGGUGCCCAUCCCGAAACCGUAUCCAGUUCACGUACCUGUCUACAAACACGUGUUCCAUCACCAAAGUAAAGGAGGUUGGAAGCACUGA